UUGAAUUUUAUAGCCGUUUUGUGACCGUUUGAGCUCCAAAAAAUUCGAAAAAAAUUGCAAAAAUCACCAUUUUUCACCUAUAAAUAGAGGAGCACCUUGCCCUUCCAUUCCACACCAGCAACACCAUUUUCUCUCUUGUUUCCUCCUCUCAUUCUUGUCUCAAAGUUCGUGAGAAUUAGCGAUAAUUUGGCAAAAUUAGUUUGAAUUGUUGCAAAAAAAUCCGAGCAAUUCCAAAAUCGUCAUCCUGCUGAUUUGCUAUCUUGAAGUUGAAGAAAUCUUGGUGAUUUUUUUGCAUCGUUGUUGAGUCUUAUUUUAUUAUUAGUUUUAUUAUUUGAUUAUUUCUAACUCUGAAUAUUUGCAAUUUUUGUAGUGUCAUUCGACAUUGAUCAUGGAUGCCGGUGAUCAUGAUACAUCCAUAGAUUAUGAUUUUUUUCUCCAAGGACUCACAGGGGACUACGGCCCCUUUGAUACUAGUGCUGCAGGUGAUGAUGGACCCGACGGUGAACCUCCGGUUGGUUCACAUCCAGAUCCAGGUGAUGCAGCAGGAGUGCCAUCGUCAGGCUCUACAAGUGCGCACACAUUAGCAAGCAGCGGGUCUAAAAGAUCAAGAGCCGGUACUUCCGAAGUUUGGCAAGACUUUGAAAGGAUCUACAAAGAGGAAGAUGGGGUAAGUGUCAGGUAUGCUAAGUGUUAUAUUUGUAAAAAUGAAUUAUCUGCAAAGCCCUCGGGUGGAACGGGGCACUUGAAGAGGCACGCCAUAAGUUGCAAGCGAAAGAGUGGAGCAGCCAUGAAGCAGACGGUGUUGCAGUACAACCCCGACGGCUCUGUUCAUCAUUGGGAGUACGACUCUGCCAAUGCUCGAAAAGAGCUAUGUCGCUUCAUUGCAAGAGCGGAUCUACCACUCAAUAUCGGUUCUUCAUCAAGAAGUUCAGACUCUUCGUCACGAUCGUCUACGGGCACCGGAAUUCUAACAUCCGGAGGGGAGCUAACUACCUUCAUCGACAGUGACGUUAUCAGCCACGAACAAGAAAACUUCAACAUACUGCAAUGGUGGCAUGAGCACAAGACGAAUUAUCCAGUCCUUUCACUGUUAGCGCGAGAUUUGUUAACGGUUCCUGUAUCUACAGUUUAUUCUGAGGCUGCCUUCAGUCUUACAGGAAGGAUAAUCGAAGAGAGAAGAACAAAUCUGUCAAGUGAGAUGGUUGAAAUACUCACUAUAGUAAAGGAUUGGGAACAAGCUGAAGCACGAAUGCAACACACUGCAGAAAAUACUGAGCUUGAAGAAUCAUUCCAAAAUUUGUAUCUAGAUGCUGAUGAGAACGUGUAAUUUUAAAUUUUCUGAGCUAGGUUGUACUCUUUUUUCCUUUGCUAGAAAGGUUUUUAAUGAGGCAACCUAUCAAUAAAGCUCAUUUUUAGAAUUAA